CUGGCCCAUAUACUGUAUGUUCAAUUCUUGACAUACAAUAUAAACGAGGGAUUCAAUACGCUCGGGGCUUUAAAUAGAGAGAAAGUACCAGUUGUUCAAACAAACAGUCCGCUACAUUCGGACGACGACGAGGAAAAUCUUGAGUAUUUAGGAGUUAUAAAUUUUACAUAAUGGAUACAUGAUGAUGAAUUGAUGAAGCAUUGGAAUAGGAAAUAGCGAAACUACACUAAUGGAAAGAAACAGGAGUCGAUAUAGCGAUAUCAGAUAAUAAUAUAAUCAGGAAAUACAAAUAUGAUUUCGAUAUCGUAAAUACGAUCAUUUUCGGAUGGCGUGAAUAUAAUAAAAACGUGGAGUAAUCAUGAUUUCUAUAAGCCGUUUAUGGAUUAAGUCAGGAGAGACAGUCGAUGGAAGAUAGAGAUAAUCUCUUGAAGAUAAAGCUUUUGCAUUAGGCACCGUUUGACUAUUGAAUUAGCAACGGAAAUAAUCCCGUACUAAAUUGUUACUUUCUUCAUAUAUCGCUUCCGCAAGUAAUACAGACGCUGAUUUGCAUUGAUUUCAUAAGUAACCAUCAUGAAAGUUUAUGAUCCUUGCCAUUAUCAUGCACUACGUGAUUAAGUUAAUAUAGCUCGACAUACAACUACCCCGGUAGCCUUACAAACAAGUAAAGCGCUAAGCACACAUUCCGCUAUUGAAGUCCGUUUAGACAAAUCUAAAGUUUGUAUACCUGUACACCUCUCGAGGAAAAAUCAAAAUGGAGUUUUUGGAGUGUCAUAACGUGAUUCAAAUGCUGUUGUGGCUUUGUAUAUUUGGACUAGGGUACACACAGGAUAUUAAUGGGAAUAAUGAACAACCCCUGUGUCAGAUUAAAUUAGGAAUUAUUCUACCGUAUAAAGGAAACCAUUUAUGGACACGACCUAAGACAGAACCAGCAAUUCAAUAUGCGAUUGAAGGAAUACAAAAUCGCACAGAUCUAUCAGCAUUGGACCAUUGUGAAUAUAUUCUGAACUGGGGAGACUCGAACUGUUCAGAAAUACUCGGACCACUUGUUGCUAUCGAUAUGUAUUAUAAAAAUAUGGCCAACGUCUUCGUUGGACCGGCCUGUGACUAUGCAGUGGCCCCAAUCUCCAGAUUCUCGCCAUUUUGGAAUAUACCAAUCAUUACCGGGGGAGCAUUGGUGGAGGCCUUCAGUCAGAAGAAAACCAAAUAUAAACUUUUAACUCGAGUGUCAGGCUCAUACGAAAAACUAGCACAGUCAUUAAUAGAUCUAUUUGACAAGUACCAGUGGUCCAAUGUCUCUUUAAUAUACCAUGACAAUCUUGGGGAGAAUGCAAAACUGAAGGGAAAGUCAUCAUGUUUCUUUACAUUACAAGGAGUUUUCCGUGAAUUAAGGGUAAACUACAUUGUCGAACCAUACUCAAAACACUUCGACGAGACAGAUAACACCACCGACUUCAAGAAAAUAUUGUCUGAAGCAUCCGAAAGGAGCCGAAUUGUUGUGUUGUGUGCUUCACCUGAUUCCGUCAGGCAGAUAAUGCUAACCGCCGCAGAAAAUAAUUUCAACAAUGGCGAAU